CCGGUAUAUGACGUCACGAUCGGGAUCGCCAUAUUUAGGAUUGGCGAAGUGACUAACUCCGAAAGCGUACCCAAACAGAAGGAUUUAUCAUCAAUACUGGCGUAAGUUAUCGAACACGACUGCAUUUGGAUCCAUUUGGUUCUUCUGAUAUUCAUCAUGAAGUUUGCUGCUGUGGCUUUCCUGGCCACCCUGCCAUACAUCUUUGCUGUGUCACCAAACCCACAAGUGCCAGCAACUCCAGGGGCCCUGAACAAAGGCACCCUGACUGUAGAUAAAGCCAACCCAUGUAUCGGGGCAGAGACCUGCGGCAUGUGUAUGGAAAAAGGCAAAGACUGUGCAUUCUGUACGGCAACGUUUUAUGACAAAGAGAAUCUACCUCGCUGUGACCUGAAGUCUAAUCACAUCAAGAGAAACUGUCAGGGGGAGGAUUUGUACGGUCCAGACAGCGACCUCACACCAAUCAGGGAUGAUGAGGUAAAAAAUGGAGGUGAAAACAUCGACAUUGAGCCUGCUAUCCAGAUCCAACCUCAGGAGUUGACCCUUAAAAUUAGACCGAAUGAUCCCCAGAAGUUCAAGUUGACGUUCCGCUUGGCUGAGGAUUACCCCGUGGACCUGUAUUACCUUAUGGACUUGUCACACUCGAUGAAGGAUGACAAAGAGAGACUUGCCUUACUUGGAACUGAAAUCGCAAAGAAGAUGAAGGGCAUUACUAAGAACUUUCAGUUGGGUUUUGGAUCGUUUGUGGACAAGGUGGUGAUGCCAUAUGUAAGCACAGCCCCGUCCAAGGAACCUGGUUCGAUAAAACGAACAUUAAGCAGCCCUUGUCCUGGAUGUGACCCCCCAUAUGGCUUCAAGAAUCAGCUCAAACUUGAUAAAGACACCACCAGAUUUGCAACUGAGGUGCGAGCUGCCAAGGUGUCUGGUAACCUGGAUGCUCCUGAAGGAGGUUUUGAUGCUAUUAUGCAGAGUCUUGUCUGUGAAAACGAGAUUGGAUGGAGAGCAGCCUCACGGCGUAUGUUACUAUUCUCCACCGACGCAGACUUUCACUAUGCAGGAGAUGGAAAGCUUGGAGGUAUUGUCAAGCCUAAUGACGGAGCGUGUUACAUGAGUGAUAAUGAGUACACAAAGAGCACAGAGCAGGAUUAUCCAUCUGUGAGUCAGAUUGCUGCCAACAUUAAGGACAAAAACACCAACAUCAUCUUCGCUGUGACCAAGGAUCAGUUCCCCACCUAUAAACAGCUGGAGAAGUUUAUAGCCGGAUCUGUGACAGGAGAGCUCGCCAACGACUCUUCCAACAUCGUAACACUUGUUCAGCAGAAUUAUGAUAAAAUUACUUCAAAACUGGAACUUACUACAGAGAAUGCGGAGGGUCUUGAUAUCAAAUUCUUCACUAAAUGUACAGGAAAUGAAACCAUAGAGACAAACAUUUGCCAGAACUUGGAGAUAGGGGACAAAUCUAGGGUGACUUUUGAUGUAAUCGUUGAGGCAACAUCUUGUCCUGCUGACCAGACUAAGUUUUCCAAGACAUUUUCUAUCAAGCCUGUGGGUCUGCCCGAUAAACUUCAGAUCCAUGUGGAUCUAAUCUGCCAGUGUGACUGUGAGAAACCCGAAUAUGCUGACCGGAAUCAGAACAGUGACAAGUGUAAUGAAAAGGGUACCCACGUGUGUGGUAUGUGUGUAUGUAACCCAGGAUUCUAUGGCCGCACCUGUAAUUGUGACGCUGGUAACGCUACAUCUGAGGAGAUCCAGUCUCAGUGUAUUAAGAACAACACAAACCUUGUGUGCAGUAACCGUGGUGAGUGUGUUUGCGGAAAGUGUGAGUGUUCCGCCCGAAGCCAGAACUCAGCUCAAAAGUACAGUGGAGAACACUGUGAAUGUGACGACUACUCCUGUCCCUACUCCGGAGGCAACCUAUGUGGAGGUUCUGAGAAGGGUACCUGUAAAUGUGGGAAGUGCGAGUGUAACAGUGGCUGGUCAGGUCCAGACUGUGCUUGUUCUCAAGCCAACGACUCUUGUAUAACUACCAACGGACAGUCAUCCAGUAUAUGUAAUGGUCAAGGAACGUGUCAAUGCAAUAAAUGUGUAUGUGACCCCACGUCCGCCUUCAGAGGACCCAAGUGUAUGGACUGUAAGACUUGUCAGGAGGUGUGUCAGAAGAACAAGGCAUGUGUUCAGUGCGUGGUCCACGAGACAGGACUUAAAAACCAGGAUGAAUGUGACCGCGAUUGUCGUACCCCCGGCUACAUCACUAAAGUCGCUGAACUUGAUGGUGAUAAGGAAUAGCUGUGAGUUUAAAGAUGAAGAUGACUGCAUUUUCUUUUUCUCAUAUGACUACGGA